AUGGGUCUCCUAGGGUCGGCUUAUCCGACACCAGAAGAAUAUAGCAAGUCAACCAGCCACCUAACGCACAUUCGCCUGCACCACCCGUCUAAACACACUUGCUUCGUGUGCGGCGAGUCGUUCAUAGGAGAGAACGGACUCAACAUGCAUUACAAGAAGGCUCAUAGAGGCGUGAAGCAUUCGGAUGCGGGCACAAAGCGGUGCACAAACUGCGAUGUCCGUUUCCAUAAUAACGACGCUCUGAAGAGACAUACGGAAGGGAAAGCUGAAUGUGAUCCUAGUUUAAGCCCGUGUGGUCGCUGCGGAGAAAAUUUCAACACUUCAGAAGAAUUAAAGGAACACACGAAAGAACAUACCAAAGAAGAACAAGUGAAAUGUGAAGAGUGUAACCGAACGUUCGCGCACGAGCGUUCGUACGCGGUGCAUUACCAACGAGUACAUUUGCGGGUGCGUGCCGCCAGCAGGGACGUCCGUGGGAAGAGUCGUAAUACAUCGCGCGUUUGCGAGGUGUGCGGCCGAAAGUGCAUUUCGAACGCGUCGCUGCGAUAUCACCAGCGGAUCCACACGGGCGAGCGGCCCUACCAGUGCAACCAGUGUCCCAAACGAUUCAGUAUUUCACAGCGGCUGCAGAUACAUCAACGUACUCACACCGGCGAGCGUCCUUUCAAGUGCAGUAUAUGCCCUAAGGCCUUCAAACACAAGGCAGCGCUGAAUAGGCAUGACAGAGUGCACACGGGGGCGAAGCCCUAUUCCUGUGCGCACUGCGACAAGUCAUUCUCCCAAUCCAACUCCAUGAAAGUGCACGUCCGCACCGUCCAUUGGAAGCAACCUUCGCCGUAUCGGACUAGGAGACCAGCUGUGGAAUAAAGAACGAAGCACACUUAUCAACCCUGAAACGGAUCUUAACCAGGGAUGUUAUGGAUAUCCGUUACCGUAACCGAAACUUUCGGAUAUCCGAAAUAAAAAAAUAUCCGAAACCGUAACCGAUUCAAAAGUUUCGGAUAGUUUGGAUGUAGGCAGUUUAAAUUUUUUGUAAAGGCAUAACAGCCUGAUUUACCUUUAUAAAGCCAUCUGUAGUCUGGUCUGCGAGCACGUAGAAUUUUGUCCAAUGACCCCAAGCUACCCGUAAUUAUGUUGCUGUCGCGCUCGCACACUCACUGCGGGCGCCCGUCGCACAGUCGCGACAGCAACAUAAUUACGCGCGAGCGAUAAGGAUGGGUAGCUUGGGGUCAUUGGACAAUAUUCUACGUGCUCGCAGACCAGGCUUUAGAAGUCCCCAAACUUACUAUUCCCACCUCUCCUUCCCACCGCUGCAACUCCUGUGUAGCCAGGAUCUACAGCUUGACCGCCAAUAACACAACCAGUGAAGGUCAAGAUUGUCCCGGGAGAAAGUUAAACUGUCAUUGGACCAGCAACGAAAUUUGGAUUUGUUCUACACUCCCCACGCUGGCCAGACGGUUUGGGGAGGUCUGAUGUUCGAUUGCACUUUCGGUGUCGGUUUGCGUAUUCGACAGAAUUCGAUACUCAACCUUCGAAUUAAACGAUAACGUGAAAAUUUUAAUUCUAAAAAUAAGUUUCGUGCAACCAUUUCUGAUCUUAAGUUCACUUUACGACAAGUUCACAAGGGCGCUGUUGUAGUUUUCGUACUAAAUCUUUUGAUAGCUAUUCGAAUACGCAAACGAUUUGAAUUCGAAAGUUUCUUCGUGCCAGCCGUACAGAUUAAAAUUUUUAUAUUAUCCACUUGUUGUUUGUAAAAUUUUGUAUGAUACUAAUAAUAGAGAUAAUAAUACUGCAUUUAAUUGAUCUUAAUGUAUUUUUCAAUAAUAUUUAUAAUUGUGAUAUUCAGUAUUCAAAUGUAAUGUAUUAUUAGAUGUUAGGUCGAUUUGAAAAUUUAAUUUAAAAUGUGUAUUUUACCAAAUGAAAUAGCAACAAUGUUUAUCAUGAAAUAU